CUAUGAAUACAACGCUUCCGUUUAAAAUAAAAACAACAGCAGUGUUUACGUGUGCCCAACUUGGCAUUUGGUGCCUGCUGAAGAUAUUUUGUUCACCAGAAACUGCUAGAAAACACUGUACUUCGUUAUCUGGCUGUAGAUCCGAAGUAAGACAUGAAGACACACAGAAAGCUAUGGAGAGUAGAUUCUCUGUUCGGAGCGACACUGAAGAGUUGCAAACGCUGAUUUCCAACCCUGAGAACAAUUUCAUCUUCGAAAGAUCCAAGACACUGUUUGAAGAAAUCCGUGCCUCCCUCAACAACAAUGAUGAAGAGGAGGACCGUUCCUUCUGGAGGCCUGUGCUCCCUUGGGGUGGUGUCUUCACCAUUAAAGCAGGGCGGAAGGCCUUAUCCUGCACCCCUCUGUACGUCAAAAUCAACCUAAAGAACACCUGCACCAUUGACGGCUUCCUCAUGAUCCUGUAUGUGAUCCUGCGAGAAAAUCAGGGCUUUCCAAGGGAGCUGGCUGUCUUCCUGGGCAAGCAGUUCGUGGAGUACUUCCUCUACCUGAUGGACUCCUGUGACUACACUACGGUCAAGAUGCUUUGGAUCUGGGACAGGAUGUCAAGGAGACAGUAUCGCUCUGAGAUCCGGAAAACAGCGCUGGAGAUAGACCUGUUUGGUAACGAGCAUGAGAACUUCACAGAGAACCUGGAGAGCCUCAUGUCCACCAUGCAGGAGAGUCUGUGCACCAACUGGAGCUGCCCGGCCCGCUUCCAGGAGUUCAUCAAGACCACAAUCAACAUCAGCCCUCCUCAUGAGCUGCCUCACAGAGACCCCAUCAAGUCGGCCGUUGAUCUGCACUUCUGCCCCAAACUCCUACUCUGCUCAGAACUAGGGUGCGACGGUCUAAGAGAGUUCUCACAAAGAGUUUUCUGCCAUGGACCCCCACCUUUUGUCAUUCUAAAUAUGCAGCAGUGGAAGUCAGAGGAACUAUCUUAUGUUCCUUAUCACCUGGCUCUCUGUCAGCACAGGUACUUACUAGAGGGCGCCACACUCUUCAACAAGGAGGAGCAUCACUACUCUGCAGCCUUCCAGAUAGACGGCUGCUGGAUGCACUACGACGGUCUGAGGAGUGACAAUCUGAUCCUGUUACACAAGCCGCCAGAGCUCCUGCUGCUGUCUUCUCUGAUUUACAUCCGAGCCUCCGACAAGUGAACUCCUCUUAUCAGAGGUGUGCACACAGGAGGAGCAGGACUCAAACUUAGCACAAAAUAUAUUAAAAAAAAACAUUCCUCGUCUAAUAUUGAACAAUCCCAUGGAUGGCAUGGUGUUGCUGUAAUCAUGUUUAUAUAAUUAUUGAAACAUUCUUUUCUGUAAUUCAUAUGAGCUCCUCUCCUCUCCUGAAUGCUUGCAAAGGAUAAAUUCCUCCUUUUUUGAAUGCUUGGAAUCCAAGAAUAAUAAUGGACUAUAAUAGUUCUGGGUUGGUGUGCAUAAAUACAAACCAUUGAAUCAUUGACAUGCUGUUCUUAUAGUUGCCUGACACACAAAGAGAGAAUAGUUUAAAAAUGUCGUAGUUGAUAAAUGGAUCACUGUGUGUUUGCAAUAAGAAGACUGUUAAUCAUCAUUUCUAUUUCCAUCAUUUUGGCUGUUAAACAUUCAUGCACAUCAGCCCUUUCUUAUUUUUUAAGUGGUGCUUCUUCUAAUGACACUGUGGUCUUAGGAUAAAUAACAACCAAACCAGACUGCGCUCCAUGUCAGGUUAACUUGUUGUUCCUUGAAAAGGCUAGAAUUGGUGGAUAGCACUUAAAGGUGGUGAGUAAAUGUUGAAUUAUUCCUGAAUGACACAAAGGCUGUAGAGUUUCUACUUGUUUAGCCUAAAAGGCGCUAAGCUAGCAGCAUGUCCAUACUAAUCAAUAGCAUGCAAGCAUUCUCACACUGUCACAGCACACUCUGCAGCUGCCAAAAAUAAACUUUUUAAUCUUUUUAAAAUAGUGUUAAACAUCAAAGAACUCGUUUCACACAGUGCCUCAGUAAGGAACGUUUGUGGGAAUCCUAAAAGGAUAAAUCCCUGAUUGUUGUUGAAAUUGAAUUGCUGGAUUUUGUUGUUGUUUUACACAGAGAGCUUCUUUAAAAUAAAAAUAUUUUUGGGUA